AUGACGGUAGACAUCGUUAAAGAAUACGCCCGCGAGAACUCCGAGGAAAUCGAGGCUCACACUCAGUUAAACCUUGAUGCUAUCUUGUCUGUUACGACCCUGACGGAAUUUGAUAAGGAAGUUCAUUGCCAAACAUGGGGAUAUCCAACCGUAUUCUCAUAUUACCGCGAUGCAUCCUCAAGCGACGCUGUGCUGGCCAUCAGGAUCCCAUUUCUUGCGCUACACGCAGCUGAUGAUCCGAAUGCCAACGUUUCCGCCUUGGCUGAUGCUGUGGAAAAGGCACACAGGGGGCUACGAUGGGGUGUUCUUCCUGGCAGCUUCGCCGAUCUUCCAGCAGAUGGAGUAGUUCAGCGGGCGUAA